AUGAAGCGUGACCCUGCGACUGGCUUUGAGUGGGAUCCUGAGAAUUUCAAGGUUGCUGCCGUCCGCAAGCCCCCGGUUGGAUUUGUCUAUCAUGCCCUUUCAGACCAAUCGACCUGGUGGAACUACAACCUCAACGCCAUUAUCGCUCAGUCGGUUGAGAUGAUCCACCAAGCCGCGGCUGAGGGCACCAAGUUCAUCGCCUUCCCGGAGCUCUACUUCCCUGGUUACCCUGCCUUCCGCACUGCCAACGGACCCAAGGACUUUGAGCAGUAUGUGUCGCAGACCAUGGAGCCCGACGGCCCCGAAUGGAACACGCUCAUGCAGGCCUUUGCCGACACCAAGAUGUACGGGGUUGUGGGUUGGGCCCAGAGGGCCAAUGAAUCGCUCUUCAUGACCCAGAGUCUGGUUGGUCCCAUCGCCAACGGCUCGGCCGGAACGAUCUGGAAACAUGAGAAGUUCCGGCCCUCGGGCACAGAGCGCUCGCUCUAUUCCGAUGGACUCCUCAACACGAUCCGCGCGCAAAAGCUCCCUUUCGGGACCGUCUCCAUGCUCCAAUGCUGGGAGCACGUGUAUCCCGAGUCGCACUUUAUCGGAUCUGCUCAGCCUGCCAACCUUCACGUUGCCUCCUUCCCGUACGUAUCCCGGGCCUACUGCCUAUAA